CCUAGUGCUCAAUGAAUGACAUUAUAUUCUUUGAGAGCAAAAUGAUGUCUAGGUUUUCUAAACAUGAGUUUAAAUAGGCCUUGGCUACAUCUAAAGGCUAUUUACAAAGUCUCAGAUGACAACAAUAGCGUACAUAAACAAUGGAGUAAUAGUAAUUCAUGUUUUUGCUAUAAUAACGUAAUUCAUAUUUGUAAAUACCUCAUAUUGAUGGAUACAAUGUUGCCAAUAGUCAUUCGGCAUUUGUAACAACCACGCAUUGUAGCGUUACAAAGUUUCCAAGCAGUUUCCUUCACAACACAUUCGUUUUAAAAGUCCAUAUGGAGCCAAAAUGGCGCCGUACACUUUGCCAACACUCUCUGAGCCAAUCAUGUCCAUCCUUUCUGACUUGUCACGCGCCGUGCGUGCUUACGCACUUCCACUUCCUGACGGGCCGCUUCUUCUCGCUCGCGCUGUGUGUAGCCUACACUAAAGUGGAAAAAAUACGGUGUCGAAACGGAAUGUAAACACGACUAAAACAUGACCUUUCGGCCAAGUGGGACCUAAAGCGCUGUCACACUGGGUAGAUGAGGCUCUUCUGCAAAGGUUUCGGCUCAUCUUUGUUGUCUUCGUAUGUCCACUUUCUACGUAGAUGGUCUCCGGCGAGCUGUGCCUGGCAGCGGACAACGAAUUCUUGGCGAAUAAUAUGAAGGAGAUGAUUGGAGGUUGCUGCGUGUGCUCAGACGAGAGAGGCUGGGCAGAAAACCCUCUCGUAUACUGUGACGGUCACGGCUGCAAUGUUGCAGUCCAUCAAGCGUGCUAUGGCAUCGUGCAGGUGCCCACUGGACCCUGGUUCUGCAGGAAGUGUGAAUCUCAGGAGAGAGCAGCCAGAGUGAGGUGUGAGCUGUGCCCCCACAAAGAUGGCGCCCUCAAGAGGACAGAUAACGGAGGUUGGGCCCAUGUUGUGUGUGCCCUCUACAUCCCUGAAGUGGAGUUUGCUAACGUCUCCACCAUGGAACCCAUCGUACUACAGUCUGUCCCCCACGAACGCUACAACAAGACGUGUUAUAUCUGUGAGGACCAGGGCAGAGAGAGUAAAGCUGCCACCGGGGCCUGCAUGACCUGCAACAAACAUGGCUGCCGACAAGCCUUCCACGUCACAUGUGCCCAGUUUGCUGGGUUGUUGUGUGAGGAGCAGGGGUCGGACGCAGACAACGUCAAGUACUGUGGCUACUGCAAGUACCACUACAGCAAACUGCGAAGGAGCAGGGCCCUCGGUAGUAGGGCUCAGAGCCAUAGUGACUCUUCCUCUCAGUGUUCGGAUAAACCCCCUGACCACCAAGACAACAAGAAACACAAAGAGAGGGAGAGACACAAACCCAAACACAAGAAGACUCUCGAGCUCUCCCCCACCCUCGCUCCAACUCUCAUGGUCACCUCAGACAAGAGCUACAACAGCAGCAGUGGUGGUGGAGGAGGAGUCUCCUCUUUGCCCGCCUCCUCUCAGAAGCGAUUGGACGACAGCGCCGCCCGUUUCACCACCGCCAACUUCCAGGAAGUGCCUGUGCACUCCGGGGGUGCUAAGGAAGCCCCCCUCAUGGGGUCAGAGGGCAAACAAGGGUCGGAGGUCAAACAGGGCAAGAAGAGCAUUGGCCAUGGGAUUGGUGUUCAGCGGGGACGCAAGUCCCUCACACCUGGGAAGCCCCUCCCCUCUGCUGCAGUCUCUACUGCAGCCUCCUCCACUGGAACCUUUCAUCAAGCCCUCCUGCUGCCAAAUAAGACGUCCUCCACCAUGACUCCUCCCAUCUCUGACUUCCUGGGCUUCUCUGAUCCGUCGCUACGCUCUGCAGGCGGGGACUCUUUCUCCCCGCCCUCGUUCAGCCGUUGCCUAGUGAAGCCCAGUGAGGUCACGGCCUCCGAGGGCAUGGCAUCACUCAGCACCUUCGGUUCGAUGACGUCGCUUCCUGCCAGCAGUGGCGUAGCCGGCAGUAAACUGUACGAGAACUCUCACAGCGAGCCAACGGGGAACGUUGCCGUCACGGCCGGCUACAAACGCCCCUCAUCAUCCUCCUCUUCCUCUGCUGCCUCCUCCUCCUCUGGGCCAGGGAUGGGGGGAGAAGGAGGAGAAGAAGGCGUAAAGGGGAAGAAGAAGAGAGGAAACUGGAGGAACCGAUAUGGACCCUGCUUCAAUGCUCCUGACGGCAAGGCUACAGACGGACCUGAGCACCAUAUAGCACCGCUACCUCUCCCCUCAUCCUCCUCUCCUUCCCCCUCCUCUACCAGCGCUCUGCCAGGCCGGCCUGGAGGUGGAGGAGAGAGGGGAGGAGAGAGACUAGGUCUGCUGGGUGUUGGCGUCAGCAGUGGGAUCCAGAAGUCUCCUUCCUUACCGAGGAACGGCAGUGUGCAGAGUCAUGGAGUCACCUCUACUCCCUCUGGGACCGGUGCAUUCUCCAGUGGUGACGUGUCAUCAGGGGCGGGACCUGUUGCUAUGGGUGGAGCUAACUCUGAGUUGCAACAGCCGGCACCCUCCCUGGCUCCUCCCACUCCCUUCACUGCCACAGCUCCCCUGACCAGCACAGCCUCCUCCCAUGUGAGUGGGUCACCAGGUCCAGUGUUCAACAUGGCUCCCUCCCACAUGUUUGGAAACCGACUCAACCCCAACUCUGCCAUGGCUGCUCUCAUCGCACAGUCUGAGGCUUCCCCUGCAGAUCAGGAGGUAGGAGAUGGAAAUGGCGUUGGAGCUCAGGGCUUCCCCAGACGAGCCUCUCCCAAGACCACCCUCUCUCCACAUUCUCCUCUAGGUGGGUUACACAUUCGGUAUGACCCAGGGUUAGGGUUAAGGGGGCUAGGUUCAGGUCAGGUGGGUGGAGGGGCCACCUCUAUAGAACAGCUGCUGGAGAGACAGUGGAGCGACGGACAACAGUUCCUACUGCAGCAGGGAGCACAGGGAGAUGUGUUGGGGAUAUUGAAGUCCCUCCACCAGCUGCAGCAGGAGAACAGGCGUCUAGAGGACCAGAUUAAAACUCUGACCAUGAAGAAAGAACGACUGCAGCUCCUGUCAGCUCAGCUGUCCGUGCCUUUCACCCCUAGUACUGCUGCUGCCCAAGAUGUGAAGAGUGACUCCUCUUUACCUGCUCAGGAUAGCGUGUUGUGUGGCCGCAGUAGUGGUAGCUCUACCUCUUCUCUCUCCACCCCCCACUCCGUCUCUCACAGCCCCCCCCAGCCGCCUCAGCUCAACGGGGUUGCCAUGGGAACAAUGCUGCUGGGAGGGGGGGCGGGGCUAGGGAUGGGGGGGGUAGUGGGUGCUCUGAACAGAGUCAUACAGACCACCUCCAGCCCUCACACAUACACCUACACACACACCUCCACACCGGGCACCAGCGCCACUCUGCCCAUCUCCAGCUCCAUCAACAACAGCAGCUCAGCUACUGCUAAAAGCAGGUUGGGUGCCUUUUCUGAGCAGCAGAGGCUCUUACUGCACCAGAACCAGCUACAACAGCUACUGUCUUCACAGCCGUCUGCGGAACAGCAUCAGGUGUUAUUUUACCAGUUGAUGCAGCAACAACAGGACCUCCACCAACUCCAGUCUCUCUCCUCCUCCUCCCAGCUUCCCUCCAUCCCUCUCUCCUCCGCUCAGCUGCCCAUCACCUCCCUUCUUUCCUCCUCCAACGCCCACGGCCAGGGAACCAUCACCGCCAACCCCUUCCUGGCACUGCACACACACCCCGACACACACACACACCCCGACACACACACACACCCCGACACACACACACACGCCGCUGCACAGAAGUCCCGGCUGGCUGAGAAAGCUGUAGGAGUCACUGGACAGGAGAAGACCUGACCCACAAAACAGCUCUCUCUUUCCUUCUGUUGCUCAUUCUCUCUAUUCUCUAUCUAUCUCUCUCUUUCUCUCUCUUACUAUCCAUCUCUUUAUCUCUCAGGGGUUUCCGCCAUCAUAGCAUCUCUGAUCAGUGCUGUGUGUUCAGCACACAAGCUAGUCCACAUAGAACUACAAUUACUACAAACUCCCAAAACUAUCAGGACACUAACAUAGCUGACUGACUCACAGCUCUGCUGGAGAGAUGAGGUCUGGGAAGUAUGACUCAUUGGACAGUUUUAAGAGAGGGAGGAGUUGUGUACUGAACAUGUAACAUGUAACUGCUGGUACCUCUCUAUCUGCGCGUAUGGACCAGCAUAAGACUUGACCAGAGACCACUCUAAUGUAAGACUGACUGACUGACUGACCGCUCAGUCAUGGAAGCCUUGCUAUGACUGUCUUUCUGCUGUACCUACCUCACACACAAAAACCAGCCGAUUAGGGCCCACAACCCUCCGCAUCGGCCAAUAGGAAUCCACAACAUUCAUGACUGGCCAGUCAGGGUCCAAUCCCCAAGUGCCUAAGGCUGAGGGGGCGGGGUUACUCAUGCUCCUCUUCCUGUCUCUCCUGUCAGUCAUCCAUUCUCACCAUAUUACUGGCUGUCAAGCUGCGUUGCCCAGGCAACAGAUCAAGCAACACAUUCUGAGAAGCUGGAAACCAGGAAAUGUAUUUAGCUGCUUUCACAAAAUACAGAAGCCAACUUUAUAAAUGAUCUCUUUUUAUUUAUUUAUAAGUGCCAGCUGUUCUUUCAAGCAUUUGUUUUAUACUACUGUUUAAAGUUUUUCUCACUCAAAUCUUGCUGGAAACAUUUUUGAUGGAAACAAAUAGUUGUGUAUUAAGAUUGAACUACUGGUGAAUGGAGGUGGUUGGUGGUGUACAUAGCUGUUAUUGUGGGGAGGGGUGUGGGUUCAAUGGCACAGUUUUUACCUCGUUUGUGUAAAUAAAUAUAUAUUUUUCAUUGGCUUUGGGGUGUAAAUAAGUGAUUGUGAUUGGGCGUGCUGGUGUGAAGGAUAGCCAAUGAAACCUCAUUUUGUGUGUGUGAAUCUUAUGACCAGACAAUAGGAGAUGGUGACUGAACACAAAGUAUUAAUUUAUUUUUAUAUGUGCAGGGACAUUGUUUUGUUGUUUUUAUAAGUUUCACACUGCUUAUUUUUACUUGUUUUAUUUUAUACUCAACCUCUGGGCACCAUGUUUCCAUCCGUGUUCACUUUUGUUUGGAUCAAUUUUGUACAACUGAAAAAUCAGAAAACAUCCUCAAAAGUUUAUAUUUCAAGUCACCAAAAUAAAGAAGCGUUCUGGAUAGAGAAAGAGAGCUGACUUGGUGAAGGAGGAGGAGGACUAUUACAGGAAGCCUGUGUCGUGAUGUCGUCAUGGUGUGGUUUGUAGUUAGUGGGACGACGUUAUUGGAGUGGGAAGAUCGUUAAAGCUUGAUUAACAGCUCUGUUCAAGUGCUUUUUCUCAUCUGCAUUUUUAUGCUUUGGUUGAAUAAAGAACGGAUCUACCUCCCUUAAACCUGC